AUGUACCCCAACCAGAAACCCUGGAUGAACCGAGACGUUCGUCUCCUGCUGAAGGCCCGCAACAUCGCCUUCAGGUCAGGGGAUGCACAGACUUACAAUGCAGCCAGGGCUGAGCUGAAGAAGGGAAUCAAGAAGGCCAAACACCACUACAAAAGGGAGGUGGAGGAUCAUUUUUCUAACUCCAACCCCCAACGUAUGUGUGAUAUUUUUGGGUUGGGUGACUUGCCAAAGAAAUCCAGCUGUGAGAAUGAGAGGAAAGAGGACUCCAGUCAACCUUCACUGAUCCCACCAACAGCGCAGCAAAAUGCUGAAGCAUCAACUAAGACAGGAGCAUCAGGGGACAGUAAAGAUGAUCUCUGCCCAAUAUGCUUGGAUCGGUUGAUCAAAAAGAAACAACUAAAGUGUAAACACACAUUUUGUGAUGAGUGCCUCCAAGCGUCAGUACAACACACUGGACCCAUGUGUCCUGUAUGCAAAGAUGUUUUUGGUGUGAUGGAGGGAGACCAGCCUGAUGGAGUAAUGACAUGGAUCAAUAGCUCUUCAUUCCUCCCUGGAUUCUCAGGCUGUGGCAGCAUAAUGAUCACAUACACUUUUCCUAAUGGAAAACAGACGAAAAAGCAUCCUAAUCCUGGACAACCAUAUCAGGGAACUACCAGAACUGCAUAUCUUCCAGACAACGAAGAGGGCCAAGAAGUUCUGAAACUGCUGAAAAAAGCUUUCGACCAGAAAAUGACUUUCACUGUUGGGACGUCCAGAACAAGCGGGUUGGACAACCAGGUGAUCUGGAAUGAUAUUUCUCACAAGACAUCAAAGACAGGAGGACCGCAGAGUUUUGGAUAUCCUGACCCCAAUUACCUGAGCAAAGUAAAGGAGGACCUGAAAGCUAAAGGCAUAGAGUGACUCUGAGAGAGUGAUGAUUUAUUUUACAA